AUGGCCAAACGUUCAAACCUUAGUCUUAUUGUAAUCUGUACAGUACUAUCAUUAAUAACCAACUUUCCAUCCGGGUACACAAAUGCAACAGUGAACACCGCCGUCACAUCAGUUGAAAAAUAUAUUCGAGAUUCUUAUCAUAUUCGUGGACAAAACAUCACAGACGAUGGUGUUGCUUUGGUGAAGGGUGUUGUGAUCAACUGCUGGUUUAUUGUGAUGGUAAUUGGAGCAGCAUGCACUCCGUAUGUAACUGACAAAUUUGGAAGAAAGAUUGGAUACAUAGUUGCUGUUGUUGUAGCUAUUGUAGCUGCUAUCGUACAGUAUCUAUCGGUUCUAUUUCAUUUACCUGAAAUAUUUAUCUUGGGUAGAUCAAUGACUGCAUUUUGUAGUCCAUUGGCUGAUGCUUGUCUUUUACUAUAUUUGCAGGAAGUUUCUCCACUUUCUAUUCGUGGUAUGGCAUCAUUCCUGUGUGAAAUUGGAUACGGUGCAAUGGUUGUGCUUGGGAUGGUUCUCGGAAUGAGAGCUGUGCUUGGAUCAGCACUCGAUAUUCUUAUGCUAGUACCGCUUGUCCCACUCACUUUGUCCCUGGUCUUUUUAAUGUUUAUCCCGGAAACACCAAAGUUCCUAAUGAUUAUGAGAGGUGAUCGUGAGAAAGCUUUACGUUCUCUGGAAUUCUUUCGUGGAAAAGAAAAGGAGAACGAACGUCUACUGGAUGAUUAUGAACGUGAGAAAUUACAAGAAAUAAAUCAGGAACGGUCGUCCUUGAAGGAAAUCUUUAGUACAUGGAAUCUCAGACAAGCUGUGUAUUUAGCCAGUUCGGUGUUAUUUCUGACUUGGUCAUUUUACCCUAUGUUAACUUCAUCCACUUCCUUUUUCAAGGAUUCCAACAUUCAUCCUUUUCUAGCAGAACUAAUGUCUGCUGUAUUGAUGGUUGUUUUUACGAUCUCGUCCGUUAUUGGUGCGACAUUCGUUGACAAGUAUCCUCGACGAUUCCUCGUUAUUUUCUCGGGAAUCCUAAGUAACAUCUUUUUGCUGUUAUUCGCAGUAUUUUCAAUGCUAGCAUACACACAUCCUUAUAUAAAAUACGCAUGUAUCGCAUCGGCAGUAUUAUAUUGUAUAUCAUUUGGUAUGGUACUUGGACCAGUCUCUUGGUUCGUAGCACCGGAGCUUGUGCCGUUGAAACACAAAUCGUUAGUGUUUUCAUUGUGUUUCGGCGCUAACAACGUAUUCAUAGCAGCCACGGAUUUUCUGGCGAUCUUCCUCUUCCAGAAAUUCGGUGCUAUCAUUUUCGUGGGACUCUUCACAAUUCCAUCUUUUCUAUCGCUCAUCUUCGUCUACUUGUACCUACCUGAAUCAAAAGGAAAAGAGAUUGAAGGAAUUAUCGAAGAGAUGCUGAAGAAAGCAAAAAAGUCACCGCUUAAGGAUGAAGACUGCACGCAACGAGUUCGAAGCGGCUAUCAAAUUUUUGCGACACAAUCAUCGAAUUCAGUUGUGCAAUGA